UUUUGUUUUAACUUUAAUUCAAUUCACUUUUUUAAUUCAACUUUAUUAAUUAUGCUUCGGGCUCAGCGGCGCUGCUUUGUGCAAGCCACAGCAGUCCUUCCGAGGACACCACACCCGAUCCAUCACCAUCACCACCAUCACCAGCGGUGGCUCACAACCGCAGGCACAGGGAUAGGUACAAACAACACAGCAGCCAGCCCACCGCGGUUCUCCCAGUGGAUCGACGGCAGCAGCGGCAAGCUCAACACCAAAGCGCUGGAAAGCAAAUGGAAGCAGCGACCAUUCUACGUGCUCGUCAUGUUCCCCUACCCCUCGGGGGCGCUGCACAUGGGGCAUGUGCGGGUGUACACGAUCAGUGACACAGUGGCGCGGUUUCAGCGGAUGCGCGGGCGCACAGUGGUGCACCCAAUGGGCUGGGACGCAUUUGGGCUGCCUGCGGAAAACGCAGCGAUAGAGCGGCAGCAGCUAGUGGAUAUUCUGGCGGACUUUGAUUGGCAGCGGGAGCUAGCAACCUGCGAUGCAUCGUACUACCGGUGGACGCAGGACCUGUUCCUGCGGAUGCUCGACCACGGCAUGGCUGAGACAGUUCUGGCAAAUGAGCAGGGCCGGUCGUGGCGGUCUGGCGCUGUGGUCGAGCGCAAGCGGCUCGAGCAGUGGUUUGCGCGGAUCACCCGGUACGCCGACGACCUGCUGGGCGACCUGGAUCAGCUGGAAUGGCCGGAGCAUCGCAACUGGAUCGGCCGGUCGGAGGGCGCGCAGCUGACGUUCAAUGUGGCUGAAACGCCGGUCGACGUGUUCACAACCAGAGCGGAUACAGUGUUUGGCGUUGCCCGCAAGCACCUGCCACAUGACACAGCGGACGCGAUGUCAGCAGGGCCUGGCUCUGCAGAGACCGGCCGCGAGCUGACAGCCGGGUGCUUUACGGGGCUGUGGGCAGAGCAUCCGCUGGUGGCUGGCCGUCGCGUACCCGUGUGGCUGGCCUCGUAUGUUGUGCCGGGUUACGGCACCGGCGCCGUUAUGGGCGUGCCGGCGCACGACGCGCGCGACCGCGAUUUCAGCGCCCGCCAUGCGAUCCCCACGCCGGGCGCCGUCGUCAUCGACCCGUCCACAGCUGGGGCCGAAGCGCCCGGCGUCCUGCGGCGCAUCCCGGCGAAUGGCGCCUACGGCGGUAUGACCAGCGGCGAGGCGCAGAAGGCCAUUGUCCGCGAUGCCGCGGCGCGCGGCAGGGGCCAUGCGGUUCGGUACUGGGGCGCGCCCGUGCCAAUCAUCCAUUGCAGCAAAUGCGGCGCUGUGCCGGACCUUCCGGUGAAGCUGCCGGCCAACGUUGCACUGUCCGGCCGCGGCGGCAGCCCCUUGGCGGCGUGUGCCGAGUGGUGCCCUCUGUGUCAGGGUGCGGCGCGGCGCGAUACCGACACGCUGGACACGUUUGUCGAUUCGUCGUGGUAUUUCCUGCGGUACCUGGACGCGCACAAUAAUGCAGCGAUGUUCGAUUCCCAUAAGGUGUCGGCCGCGAUGCCUGUUGACGUGUACGUGGGCGGCGUCGAACACGCCAUUCUGCACCUGCUCAAGUUCCUCUGGAAGACCAAAGCGUACGGGAGCGGCUCCGCAGCGGACUUGGAUUUGGCUCGGGUGAGGGCGCGGGAGGCUGGUGCGCCACAGGGCGAGCCAUUCCGCCGGCUGCUGACUCAGGGGAUGGUCCACGGGCUGACGCACAAGGAUCCGGAGACCGGACGCUUCCUGCGCCCUGAUGAACGGCCGCACCCGCGGAUCCGUGCCACCGGCCAGCGGCCCACCGUGUCGUAUGAGAAGAUGUCCAAGUCAAAGUACAACGGCGUUGCACCUGGGGAUGCCGUCGAGGCUUUUGGCGCCGAUGCGACGCGCCUGCAUAUGCUAUAUUUGGCCCGCCGCAGGAUUAUCGUGGGUAUGCAGCGAUGGAUCAACCGGCUCGGCAGGCUGAUGGACUCGACAUGCGGGGCCGCCCGGGCUUCGGACGCCGGCCUGCUGCCGUUGGAUCUGGCCGACGGCCGGGAGAAGUGGUCGCCGGAGGCCAGGGAGACCUUUAGGAUGUGUAAUGUUACGGUGCAGCGCGUGACCGAUGCCCUGCAGCGGACAUAUGCCUUCAACUCGGCGAUUGCGGCGCUGAUCGAGCUGUCCAAUUAUCUGAGCACCGUUGGCGACCGCUCCCACCCGACCUUCCGCCAUGCGCUGUUGACCUUGGUUAAGAUGCUCAGCCCCAUGGCGCCCGGCGUUGGCGAGGAGCUGUGGGAAAUUGCACAUGAAAAUUAUCUGCUGCCCUACAGUGACUCUUCUUCUGGUGGGAACUCUGGCGUGAUUAAUGGCAAGGUGCGCUUCAAGAUGGAGUGCAUGCCUGAAGAACUGCUUGGUGCGGUGCGGAAUCAUUCUGCUUCGGUCAAGUGGCUGGUGGAUCCCAAGUCGGGCGCGGAGAAAAUCGUUGUGAAAACUGUUUGUGUGCCUAAUAAGCUCAUUAACCUUAUUAUUCAAAACUAAUUUGUUUUUUGCAUAUAUAUGUGGGGUUUUUACUUGCAAAUAUUUACGAUAAAGAAGCCAGGUGGAAUACCAAGCUAAGUCACGAGAGAUGAGACAUAAAAUAAAAAUAAAAC